GAAGUUUGAAGGAAGUGGAGGAGACUGGAGGAAAAAGGAAGAGAUAGGAGAGAGGAGAGGGUGAGAAGCCAUGGCAGGUGAUGUUAAGAUUCUGCUUUGUGUAUUCACAAGUUGUUAUUAAUGUUCCUAAGAGAUGGAUGGUACCGGGCUUUGUAUGUUUAAGUGGGCAAUUAUAUCUUAUCAAUUGGAUCUAAGAUUAUUGUGUUGUGUGUUCUUUUAUGUGAGGGUUUGAGUGUAGGAAAGUGUGCGGCUGGGAUGUGUUUCCGCCAAGAUAUCUAGCAGAUACCUUAAGCACGUGGUGCAGACCUAGCGAGCCAAAGACAACUAUAUUUUUUUUAUUUUUAUAUUUUUACAACAGAGUAUAAGCAUAUAAAUAGGAUGUAUGGCAUUAUAUAUUAUAUAAGCAUCUAAAUAUAAAUAUGUUUGAGAGUAGUUGUGGUUAUUGGCCCUAAAAUUAGGAAAAGGACUGCAAAGGGGGUAAAAUGAGGCUUUGAAGGACAUGCUCAGUAAAGGAGAGCAGAAAGGCAGCUGAGGGGUAGGGCAGGGCAGAGGGUACUGAUAAGAAGCAGGAGGAAGAUCAAAAAUCAACAGCAAUCUUCAAAAAGGCUGCUGAGGAGACUGAUGCCUUGUGUGCAAAUAAAUACAACGUUCAACCCAGGAUCAAACAGUGGCGUUCACAGACUUGGCAUGGAAGAUGAAAAGUGAGCUGUCUGACUGCUAGCAAGAUUAGACCUCUCCAAUCCUGCCGUCCUUAGGGAGAAAUCCACAGCACCACUCCCUUCAUCUUCAUGACCUGCAUGAAAGUAGCACUCAGCAUGGCUGGAAUCCCAGGACUCCUCAUCCUUCUCCUUGUCCUGCUCUGUGUGUUCAUGCAGGUGAGUCCCUACAACGUUCCGUGGAAACCAACAUGGCCGGCUUACCGCCUCCCUAUAGUCUUGCCUCAGUCUACCCUCAAGUUAGCCAAACCAGACUUCGAUGCCAAAGCAAAAUUGGAGGUGUCCUCCUCAUGUGGACCCCAGUGUCACAAGGGAACACCGCUGCCCACCUACGAAGAGGCCAAGCAGUACCUUUCCUAUGAAACCCUUUAUGCCAACGGCAGCCGCACAGAGACUCAGGUGGGCAUCUACAUCCUCAGCAACGGUGAAGGCAGGGCACGCAGCAGAGACUCGGAGGCCGCAGGGAAAUCUCGCAGGAAGAGGCAGAUUUAUGGCUAUGAUGGCAGAUUUAGCAUUUUCGGGAAGGACUUCCUGCUCAACUAUCCCUUCUCAACAUCGGUGAAGUUGUCUACUGGCUGCACCGGCACCCUGGUGGCAGAGAAGCACGUCCUCACUGCUGCCCACUGCAUACACGAUGGCAAAACCUAUGUGAAAGGAACACAGAAACUCCGAGUGGGCUUCCUGAAGCCCAAGUAUAAAGAUGGUGCCGGAGGGGACAACAGUUCAAGCUCAGCUCUGGUAGAGAAGAUGAAAUUUCAGUGGAUCCGUGUGAAACGCACCCAUGUGCCCAAGGGGUGGAUCAAGGGCAAUGCCAACGACAUUGGCAUGGAUUAUGACUACGCCCUUCUGGAACUCAAGAAACCCCACAAAAGAAAGUUCAUGAAGAUUGGUGUGAGUCCUCCAGCGAAGCAGCUCCCGGGGGGCAGGAUCCACUUCUCAGGCUACGACAAUGACCGGCCCGGCAAUUUGGUGUACCGCUUCUGUGAUGUCAAAGAUGAGACAUACGACCUUCUUUAUCAGCAGUGUGAUGCCCAGCCCGGGGCCAGUGGUUCAGGGGUCUAUGUGAGGAUGUGGAAGAGACCACAGCAGAAAUGGGAAAGGAAAAUUAUCGGCAUCUUUUCAGGGCACCAGUGGGUGGACAUGAAUGGCUCUCCGCAGGAUUUCAACGUGGCAGUUAGAAUCACACCUCUUAAAUAUGCCCAGAUUUGCUAUUGGAUUAAAGGAAACUACCUGGAUUGCAGGGAGGGGUGACAUGCGUCUUCUUGCCAGCACCGAUGGUCGUUUUGCACUCAUUGUAGGAGAGAGGCCAGCUUUAUAUCAUUGACUCUUGUGGUGUGUGUCACAUAGUAUCUUUUACCUAAUAUUCUUCAAAUAGCAAAACUAUUGGUUCUAUUAUUUGAAAAUUGUUGUGUGCGUUAUAGCAUUUAAGCAGUCUGAAAGCAUACUUUUUACAUAGAGACUUUAAAAUAUUGAUGUUCGGGUUAAUAGGGGAUAUUUGGCAAGUAAAUUAAACUUUCAGCUUUUGGAGAGCUCUGAUUUUUGCCUUAUCCAAACAUGCUUCAGAGGUUUAUAUCAAAUAUGUGACAUACCGGGAAUAUGGAUUCUUAUGUUUGUAUAUGUAUAUGUCUUCUGAGAGUCAUACAUAUAUUGAUAUUUUUUUAAUGUGUGGUUAUAGUGUUUCCAAAUGACAAUAGCAAAGCUUGCAAUGGGCAAUCAUAAUGUUUCCGAUUCAAACAUUUACAUAGUAGUCCUUGAAGAGAAACAGUAAUUUAUUGGCUCUAUUGAUACACAUGUAAAGCUGUAUCUUACAGUGCAGAGAAUUCCCAGGCUGCUUUUAGUUUUGAAAAUAAAACUCUGUCUUCUAAAAA